ACUCAGUCUCAUGGCAUGAGUCAUUCUGUGCAGCGUUUCACUGUUCAUCAUGGGCCUGUGACAGGCAGCCCUCACGGUGAUCUCUCAAGUGUCAUGCAUGCGCUGAGAGUUUCCCGCAGUUGGAGUUUCGCGCCAGUAAAGGUGGUCUCGCGGUCCAGGGGUAGUUUAGACUGAUUUCAUCUCAGGACUGGAAGACGUUAGCAGAAGCUCCACGGACUUCCAGCAUGGACACGGAAAAGGCCAGACAUCACCACUGUGACCAGUGUGGGAAGAGCUUCAGUCAUUCAGGAGACUUAGAGAGACACCAGCGUGUUCACUCAGGAGGGAAGCCGUACCACUGUGACCAGUGUGGGAAGAGCUUCAGUCAUUCAGGAAGCUUAGAGAGACACCAGCGUGUUCACUCAGGAGAGAAGCCGUACCACUGUGACCAGUGUGGUAAGAGCUUCAGUCAGUCAGGAAGCUUAGAGAGACACCAGCGUGUUCACUCAGGAGAGAAGCUGUACCACUGUGACCAGUGUGGGAAGAGCUUCAGUCGUUCAGGACACUUAAAGACACACCAGCGUGUUCACUCAGGAGAGAAGCCGUACCACUGUGACCAGUGUGGGAAGAGCUUCAGUCAGUCAGGACACUUGAAGAGACACCAGCGUGUUCACUCAGGAGAGAAGCCGUACUACUGUGACCAGUGUGGUAAGAGCUUCAGUAAGUCAGGAAGCUUAGAGAGACACCAGCGUGUUCACUCAGGAGAGAAGCCGUACCACUGUGACCAGUGUGGGAAGAGCUUCAGUCAUUCAGGACACUUAAAGACACACCAGCGUGUUCACUCAGGAGAGAAGCCGUACCACUGUGACCAGUGUGGAAAGAGCUUCAGUCGUUCAGGAAGCUUAGAGACACACCAGCGUGUUCACUCAGGAGAGAAGCCGUACCACUGUGACCAGUGUGGGAAGAGCUUCAGUCAGUCAGGACACUUAAAGACACACCAGCGUGUUCACUCAGGAGAGAAGCCGUACCACUGUGACCAGUGUGGGAAGAGCUUCAGUCAUUCAGGACACUUAAAGACACACCAGCGUGUUCACUCAGGAGAGAAGCCUUACCACUGUGACCAGUGUGACAAGAGUUUCAGUCGUUCAGGACACUUAAAGACACACCAGCGUGUUCACUCAGGAGAGAAGCCGUACCACUGUGACCAGUGAGGGAAGAGCUUCAGUCAGUCAGGACAUUUAAAGACACAGCCUAUGUACAAUUAUUUAAUUGUUUAUUAUAGAAUUGUUCUGUAUUGUUCUGUAUGACUUUAUAUAUUUUUCACUUUUAAACAUAAAUAACAUGCUAUGUGAUGUAGACAAUAAUAAAACAUAUUUAAUGCUAUUGUCUUAGAUGUUUAUGUUUGAUCUAUACUGUGAGCAUAAUGUUGUUAUCGUACCUCGAGCCUCAUUUUCCAUAUUCACGUGCGUGUUUAUGUGACUGUGUUACAUCAGGAUGGGAGAAAUGAAGAUCAUAGAAGCACCAUAAAAAUAUUCAUGCUUCAAUUAAAAACUGUUCAUUACAUUAUGAGAACAAUCCCAC